AUGGCAGUCAACGAUGACCACAUUGAGUCUGGUAGCAACAAACUUACAUCGUUACCUUCAAUUAAUCGUCCAUUAUUCAACAAAGAAAUAUUCAACCAUUAUGCUGAAUAUAAAUCAUAUUCAAACUCACUACCUAUUUGGCGGAAAACUAUACUGAUGAUCCUAUCUUGUAUUCAUGGACUAUUUCCGCUAAAAGUACAUAAUGAAAAUACUAACAGCAUACAAAGUAAUGCCGGUGAAAAUUUAACCAGUGAUAAGUUUAUCAAACGGGAUGAGGAUUCGGAAAAAUCUAAACAUAAUGCUUUUCAAUAUGCUACAAAUCAUUUGGGCAAAUAUUUACUUACCGUAUUUCCAUUCAUUCGAACUUUACGUGGUUACAAAGUGAAAAGUUGUCUAUUCAAUGAUAUGAUAGCUGGAUUUACUGUUGGUAUAAUGCAUGUUCCACAAGGUAUGGCCUACUCACUACUUGCCACCCUGCCACCUGUAUAUGGCUUAUACACAUCAUUUUUUCCAUCACUUGUCUACUUCUUCUUUGGAACAUCUAAACAUGUUUCUGUUGGCACUAUGGCUGUAAUCAGUUUACUAACCGGAGACUUCCUCGAUAGAGUAAUUCAACAAACAAAUUUUAUUAAUGUGCAACUGGUCAAUAAUUCAACUAAUAUCACUAGCUCAAUAAAAGAUAUAGAUAAAGUCAGAGUUAGAUACGCUUCAGCUUUGGCUUUGUCAAUGGGACUUGUACAAUUCUGCAUGGGGUUAUUCAGAUUAGGAGUUCUAAUUAGAUAUUUUUCUGUACCUAUGACAUCUGGAUUCACUGUUGGAGUAGCUGUUCAUGUCUUUACAAGUCAAGUGAAGAAUGUAUUGGGUUUAAAAAUACCCAGGUUUGCUGGUGUAUUCACCAUACCACGUACAUACUACGAAAUCUUUCGUAACAUUCAAUAUGUCAAUAUACCUACAAUGUUACUUGCUGGUACAUGCAUUACAAUUUUAGCCGUUUAUAAGGAUUGGAUUAGUCCUCAUGUUAGGAAGCUUUCAAAAGUUCCAAUACCAGUGGAUUUAAUUGUUGUCAUCCUUUCGACGAUUGUAUCAUAUUAUCUUGAUUUGAAUGGCAAAUACAACGUGAGCAUCGUGGGUAAAGUUUCUAAGGGUGUUGAACAUCCAGAAGUGCCAAAUAUUUCAAUAAUGAGUGAAUAUAUCGGUGACAGUUUUAUAACUGCUGUUAUUGGUAUUUCAGUUAGCAUAUCUCUUGCACGAAUAUUUGCUGCACGUUUCAACUAUACAAUUGACACAAAUAAGGAGCUCAUUGCGCUUGGUCUUGCGAAUACGAUUAGUUCAUUCUUUCACACAUUUCCAGCAUGUUCUUCUUUAUCUCGAUCUGCUGUUCUAGUUUCUGCUGGUGGACGCACACAGGUCUCGAGUCUGUUUUCCUGCUUAUUACUAAUUCUGGUACUUUGUUUCAUCGGUCCACUGUUUUAUGCUGUACCUACUUGUUGUCUAUCUGCAAUCAUUUUAGUUGCACUUAAAGGAAUGUUUUUAGAGGCUAAAGAUUUCACAACGUUUUGGAAAUUUUCUGUCUGGGACAGUUUAGUUUGGUUGUUAACACUUCUGUGCACUGUGUUAUUGAGUGUAAAUUAUGGUCUUCUACUGGGUGUUAUAAUCUCAGCUGUAUCCAUCAUACUAAGAACACAAUGGCCUAAAAUUCGAACACUUGGACAAACUCAAAGUACAGAAAUCUAUCAGGACUGUAAUCAUUAUAAAAAUUGUAUACAACAUGACAAAAUUAAAAUCAUUCGUUAUGAGGGAAACCUAUACUAUGUUUGUGCUGAGCAUUUUCGCGAAGCAGUCUACUUGCAAGCAGGAGUUAAUCCCGUUGAAUUCCAUUCCAGAGUCAUUAAAUGUUUAAAUAAGAUACAAAGUAUUGAGGAAACUCUUCGAUGUGAUGUGUCUCAAACUGCUGACACCGAAACUCAUCCGUCGGGUAUGCAUUUAAAUUCUUCCAAUAAAGUGCAAAGAUCUGAUGAAGGCUCUGAUGACCUUGAAAUACCAGUUUCGGGAAAAGCUCGAAAUGUGAACUCUGAAGGGUACAAAACACAAGAUCAUCAUAGUCAAUUAACCGGUGGGAAAAAUCUUCUUCAUCGUUUCCUGAAGAAAAAAUCAUUAACUUUAGAAGAAAAGAUGAAACUAGAAGCUAAGAAGUACAAACAAAUAGAAAAAUUGAAAUUGAUCAAUCAAUCUUUAACACUAAAAUUUUUAAUAGUCGAUUGUUCAUGCUGGACAUUUAUGGAUAUUGUCGGUGCAGAUGAAUUAAAGCAGGUGAUGGAAAGUUAUAGCAAAUUAGGUGUUACAGUUCUGCUUGCUCAAAUGAAAGAUAGCCUAAUUCAUACACUACAAAAUAAUAAAAAGAUUGGAGAUUUAACCACAGUCUAUCCAACUGUUCACGAUGCAGUAUACGAUGCGCUAGAUAAACUGAGUAAAAUGAAAGUUGAAAACUACGAUUUGAUAAAAUCACCAAAUGAAGAUGUAGAACAUACAAAAGGCAUUUUUAGCUUUGUUGAUGUUAAGUUAUCGGAUCUUUCGAGAAAUUCUUCAACAGCUAGCAAAAGAGCAUGA